AUGGAGUACAGUUUAGUCGAACUUGACACAAUUUCCGAUUUGCCGCCCGGAACGCAAAUUGCGGUAAAAAGUUUCGUUAAAAAUUUGGAACCGCUAUUAAUAUUUCUCCUCCCCGUAAUCAAUCCCGACGGCCGCUAUUAUUACCAUCACGGCGUUUACUUAGGCAACGGCCAAGUGAUUAAUUUCCAUGGGGAAAGCAAGGCCGAUGCAAAACCUCGCAGAUGUAAUGUCGAAGAAUUCCGUUCACGGAGUGAAGUGGACGGCAAAAUAUACAAAGUUAUUUACAGAAAUACAGCGACAGUUUUGAGAGUCCACGACACGUUGGUCAGAGCGAACAAAGUCUUGGAACGUCCCGAGGAAUGGCCGAAAUUUCAUAUCAUAUACAACAACUGUGAAACGUUUGCAACAUGGCUUAAAACAGGGCAGGGAUUUUCUGUUCAAGUACAAGACAGACUUAUCUACGGACUCACUUCGAUGAUAGCUUUGGGUUUACUAAUUUUAUUCUUGUACAAAUAUAGUCAUUAA